AUGAAAUAUGUUCCUCCUCCUUUAAGAGUUCCAGAUGAAAUAAAAGAAAAAGAGGAAGCAUUAAAAGUUAGCGAACAAGAGAAGCAAAAAGAAGAAUUGAAAAUAGAAAAAACUGAAACUGAUAGUGAUAGCUCUACCGAAGGAGAUGAUUUUGAAAUUGUUUUAAAUAGUGUUGUUGUUAGUCAAAUUUUAAAAAAUAGAGAUUUACGUGGUGAAUUAUUAGGUUAUUAUAUUAAAAAUGAUGAUGGAAAAAGUAAAAAAAAAAAAAAAAAAAAAGUAAAGAUAAGUGAUGGUGAUAACAAAGAAAAAGAGUUAGAAGAAGAUGAAGAAGUAGAUGAAGAAGGAGAUGAGGAAGAAGAUGAGCAAGAAGAAGAGCAAGAUGAAAAUGAUGACAGAAAAAAAAAAAAAAAAGAUAGUAAUAAUGAGCAAAAAAAAAAUAAAAAGAAUGAUGCAAAAAAAUUAGAUGUUGUAGAAAUUAAUCAAUCUUUUUGCGUUUGUAAUAUUGAAGAUAUUUGUAUUGAUAAAAUAAAUAAAAUAUCAAGUAAGUAUCAGCUUCCUAAACAGAAAUAUAAUGAUUUAUUAAAUAAUUUAAUUUUAUAUUUCAAUAAAAAUAAAUAUGAAGAAGAAGGUGAGAAAUAUAUUAAUGAAGUUAAUAACUAUUACGAUGAUUAUGUAAAUAUAAUGGCAGAAUUAAAUUUUGAAACAACAUCUUUUGGAUUCUAUAUAAAUGUUAAUGAUAUAAAAAAAAAAGAAGUGUUAGCAACCUUAAUAUUAUAUUCAUUAAUUAAUAAGAAUGCAUUUGUAUUAUGUUUUGGAGAAAAGUAUGGUAAAUUAAUAUUUUCAGCAUAUAAAGUAGAUGUAGACGUUAUUUUUGAUAUUAGAAAACAAAUUAAAAAUUCCAAUUUUAAUCAAUUUAGUGACAUAUUAAAUGUUGAAUUGAAAAAAAACGGAUUAAGUAGUAAAAAUAUUUUACAAAAAAUACCAGUUCGUAUAAAAAAUUCCAUUAUAAAUUCGUUAUUUUUAAAAAUUCUCAAAAAUAAAAAUAAAAAUUAUAUAUCAUCGAAAGACUACCUAAAUUCUUUGGAGGUUGAUUCGUUAGAAAAUCAUGUCCAAGAGACUUGUAAAUCUCUUGAAUUAUUAAAAUCAGAACAAGAAAAAAUUGUUAAGUAUAAGAAGGAUGUAUUUAAACAAUUGCAAUCUCAAAAAGUAUAUCAAGAAAAGAAAAAAUUAGAAAAAGAGAAAAACAAAAUAGUGCAUGAUAAUUUAGAUACAAAUGAAGAAGACAUAAAUAUCCAAAAUAUAUUUAAAAAUAUCCCUCAGCCAUCUUUAUUAUUUCCAUAUGUUUUAACAAUGAGUAAUAAUAUGCUAAACGAUAAUAUUAAUAAUUUAUGUAGUCAUGCUAUAGCUAAAUCAUAUUUAUAUUAUAAAAAUGCAAAACCAUAA